AUGCAGGUUUCGGGCACGCUGGCAGGUAGUGGUCUGGCCUUCUGCAUUUUCAAUGUGUAUGCUCCUCAAAGUGUUGUGGCUAAGAAGUCUCUUUGGGAUGAAUUGAGUCUUUUGAUUUCGGGUUGGGACGGGUUGUGUGUUGUCACGGGUGAUUUUAACGUUGUCAGGUCUCGUGAAGAACGGAGGAAUUGCUCUUUCAAGUUGUCAUGCUCGUCUAAUUUUAAUAAUUUUAUUUUUGACUCGGGGCUUCUUGAAUACAAUAUGAGAGGAUCUAAGUACACUUUCUCGGCCGCUGACGGUAGUAAACAAAGCAAGUUGGAUAGAUUCCUGGUGAAUCCGGUUUUUUUCAACACUUGGCCUGAGGUGGAUGUCGAAGCGGUGCCGUCUUUCUUAUCUGGUCACUGUGCAAUUAUCUUAAAGACGGACCUGGUGAAUUUUGGUCCUAAGCCAAUGCGGAUUUUUGAUUCUUGGUUUGAUUUACCGGGUUUUAAUGAAGCGGUUGUCUCGGCUCUUAAUAAAGAUCCUGGAAUUAGUGGACCUCCGGAUGUCCGUUUUGUGAAGAAAUUGUGUAUUCUCAGAGCCGAAAUAAAGAAAUGGAGGGAUGAAAUGCUCAAGAGGAGCUCUGAAGUUGAGUCGGCGGCUUUAUCAGACCUUGAAAGUAUUCAUGAGAUUUUGGACGAUCGGAGUCUUUCGGAAGAGGAACAAUGGAUUCUGAUUGAAAGUAAGAAAGUGUUAAAGGAAGUAGAAGAGCGAAAGAGUAAAGAUAUGAAACAAAGAUCAAGGAUAAAAUGGGCGAAGGACAGGGACGAAAAUACGAAAUUUUUUCACGCUAUGGUAAACUGCAGGAAGGCUUCCAAUUCGAUACAUGGAUUGGAAGUCAAUGGCUCUUGGGUGUCCAAACCAACGCUCGUGAAGAAGGAAAUCUACAGGUUUUUUAGAGAUAAAUUUAUUGAGGAGUGGGCCGAUCGGCCUCGCCUUAAUUGUCCGGACAUAAGGAGGAUUUCGGGUACGGAAGCGGGAUGUCUUGACGCUCGGUUCAGUAAAGAUGAAGUGAAAAGGGCUGUUUUUUACUGUGGCGACGACCGGGCUCUGGGUCCGGACGGUAUAAGCUUCCGGUUAAUUAAGCGAUUCUGGAAUUUAUUCGAGGAAGAUUUGUUCAAAAUUAUGGAGGAAUUUUUUGUGAAUGGGGUGAUAAAUUUGGGCUGCGGUUCCUCAUUCAUAGCCUUGGUCCCCAAAGUUAUCGACCCGAUCAGUUUGAAAGAAUAUCGUCCGAUCAGCUUGGUGGGGAUUGUCAACAAAGUCAUUUCGAAGGUAUUGGCUGGUAGGCUUAAAAGGGUGUUAGACUCAGUCAUCUCGGGUUCUCAGUCAGCUUUCAUUCGAGGCCGGUACAUCCUGGAUGGCCCGUUGAUAGUUAACGAAAUUCAGAACUGGAGUCGUAAAAGUAAACGAAAAACUUUCUUUCUCAAGGUUGACUUCGAGAAGGCGUACGAUAACAUAAACUGGAAUUUUGUUUUGGAUAUUCUGGAGCAAAUGGGUUUUUCUAGUAAAUAG